AUGGACAUGAGCAGCAUGGAUCAUUCGUCACACUCGUCCUCUUCGUCAUCCUCAUCGUCCAUGACGAUGUCGAUGGCAAUGGUCUUCGUUAAUGCCCAGGAUACACCCCUGUUCUCGUCUCAGUGGACACCGUCAUCCAGUGGCGCAUAUGCUGGCACGUGCAUCUUCCUGAUCAUUCUAUCGAUUAUUGGCCGACUCCUGGUUGCGUUCAAGGGCGUCAUGGAGCAGCACUGGUUGAAUGCUCAUCUGAAUCGUCGCUACGUGGCCGUCGCGGGCAAGUCAACGGAAGCUGGUCGUAUCGACGCGACCCGGAUGCCAAAGUGGCUUCACUCGUAUCAGCGCAAGGGGUGGAAGAGUCCGUCAAAGUUGUGCGCCGGGCUACACAUGAACCCCUUCCGUUCAGAUUUAGUGUCGAUCUGCCGCGAGCAUUCCUCUUUCUCUUGA